AUGGCUUUUCCUCAGAAGAAUCCACAAUGCUCACCUGAUCAACUCUUUCAGACCCACAGUGAGACCCAGGGCCUGGAGGUUGCACAGGAGUCCAAGGCUCUGGAGGAGGCCUGUCUCUCCUCCCAUCCUGAAAUGCCUGGCAAUCUGAAGGAGGCUCCUGAUGCUGGUAUCCCUAGUACCUCUGAGAGUGCUCAGAGUUUCUGUUCUUCCUCAAUUGUCACCACAGUCUCCUCAUCAAUCAAAUAUGGUGAGGGCCCCACUAGCAAAGAGAAGGAGGAUAGUACCUUAGAGGUAGAUCCAGACCCCAAUAAUGUGCCCAUAGAAGCUCUAGAUGAAAAUGUGUCUUCAUUGGUGAAUUUCCUCCUGCUCAAGUAUCGAAUGAAGGAGGUAAUAACCAAAGAAGAUAUGUUGAAGGUUAUCAGCAAAGAGUAUGAAGACCACUUCGUUGAGGUCUUCCAGAGAGCAUCUGAACGCAUGGAGAUAGUCUUUGGCCUUGAUGUGAUAGAUAUUGAUCCCUUCAACCAGUGCUAUUCCAUCUUCAUCAAAAUGGGCCUCACCUAUGAUGGAAUGCUGCAUUGCAAAGUCGGUGUGCCUAAGACUGGCAUCCUGAUACUUAUCCUGGGUGCAGUCUUCGUGAAGGGCAACAGUGCCACCGAACAGGACAUUUGGGAUGUUCUGAGUGUGAUGGGGUUAUAUUAUGAGAAGAAGCACUAUAUCUUUGGGGAUAUCAGGGAGCUCAUCACCAAACAUUUCGUGGAGGAGGAAUACCUAAAGUACCAGAAGGUGGACAAUAGUGAUCCUGCACAAUUUAAAUAUCUGUGGGGCCCAAGAGCCCAUGCUGAAACCACCAAGAUGAAAGUCCUACAUUUUCUGGCGAAGGUUCGUGGGACUGUCCCACAGUAUUUUCCAUCUCAGUAUGAGGAAGCAUUGGAAGAUGAAAAAGAGAGAGCCAGAGAAAAAGUGAUGGCCAUAACUAUGGACUCUUGUAGCCACUGCGAGUUCUAA